CGUCAAGUUGGCACAGGAUUGCCGAGUGUUUACGUUUUAAUUUUUGCCGAACACCGGUAUUUGCAGAGUUUUUGAACUGUAGUUUGGCACAAAAUGGCUGUUCCCACAACGGUAUCCCUGGCGCUGGCAUCCGUCUCUGCGGUGCUGAUCUUUUCCGGCAUGCAAAUGUACCGUCCGCUCUUAGCAUCCUCACAGGUUGCGACCAUUUUCGGUGGAUACCUCGGAUCCUGGCUAUUCGUUCUCUCUCUGACGGCGGUGUCCAACUUGGAAGCCGUCGUGUUGGGCAGCGGAUUCCAAGCGAAAUUCUUUCCGGAAGUGUUGUUCUGUCUGAUUGGCGCCCUGUUUGCCUGCGGCAUGGUUCACCGUGUAUGUGUUACGUCGUGUAUUCUGUUCUCGAUCGCUGCCCUUUACUACGUCAACAAGAUAUCCCAAAAAGUGCACAACGUCACGGUUGCCCAAGUGGACAGUUACGCUGGAAAGAAGAAGAAAAAGUAGAACCAAAACAACGGGACUCGUGACAUUCCCAGAGCGAGGAAUAGAUGGGUCACAACUUCAUCACGUAGGAUUAUUGCGUACGUAGGAUUAUUGCUUAGCACUCUCCCGAAAGUCACCGUUGCUAUCAUAUAAGAAAAAAUAUAACAAUCGGUAGUGGUAGUCGAAGUCUUGCAGUGCCGUCGGGGGUGGUGCGAGCUGGUAAGAAGAAGGAGCCCCAUGGUUAAGAUAACGGUGUACAAGUGAUGUCCUACUGACGACUACAUACCACAUCGGCCGCCGUCUGCAGAACCUCCGACAGUUUACCAAACAUAUUAUCGAUUUCGUUCCACUUUCGGCAAAGAAACAUGAACUCGGCCCGAGCUGGUUUCCGUUGUGUCACGUGUUGGGUAAUCACAAUUUAAGUAGACAUGCUUUCGCCGCAGACUAAUCUCUCAACUCGUUUGCACUGAAUUUGCGGUCGUGUUAUUUGCAGGUGUUAAGUUACAGAUUAGUUCGGUUACAAUUGCUUAUUCCUGAAUUGUAAGUAAACUGAAUAAAAAGACAGGAAAAAGAUUAUGACGUGCACGUAAAACCUAAAAUAACGACCGUUUCAUAUAUGAUGAAAUACAGUUAGAAGUUAUGUAUCCUAGAAUACCAACGGAGAGUCGACAUUUUAUUCUG